UACCUGUCAACCUUAUCUUCCUUGGGUGGAUUACACAACUAAAGACCAUCAUGGCAUGCAAGGACACACCAUCAAAAAUACAAGACACCAUUGCAAUAAGUACCUGUAUCAAUCAAGGACCUCCUGCACGGUAUCGUCUGGUAACAAAGAAACAGAGUCUGGAUGAGGUUGAUCAACUCAGAAAAUGGACCUUUGGAGAGAGAGAUCCCACCAAGGUCAACAAAACCCUACUGAUAGUGGGAGAGACAGGAACAGGGAAAUCAACUCUGAUCAAUGCCAUGGUCAAUCAUGUCCUAGGAGUAGAGUGGGAGGACAAAGUCUGGUUUCAGAUCGUUGAGGAGGAAAAAGGAAGUCGAAGUGAAAGUCAAACUACAGCAGUCACUAUAUAUGAAGUCUUCGGGUGUGAGGGCCUACGAGUCCCCUUCUCUCUCACCAUCAUUGACACUCCUGGGUACGGAGACACCAGAGGGAUCCAAGAAGACCAACUGAUCUCUGGAAAACUGUUGGAGAUGUUUAGGUCUACCAAUGGAAUUCACCAAAUUGAUGUUGUGGGUUUUGUGGUAAAGGCAACUGAGAAUCGACUCAGUGACAGACAGAAGUACAUCUUCGAUUCAGUUUUGUCUUUAUUUGGCAAAGACAUGGAGAAGAACAUUGUAGCCCUUAUCACAGACUCACUAGGGAGGUCCCCAAAGAAUGCCAUUGAAGCUAUUACAAGAGCAAACCUUCCUUGUGCCAAAAAUGACAGGAAUCAGCCUGUUCAUUUUGUGUUCAACAACUGUCAAUGUGAAGUCUUUGAUGAAGAAAAUGAGGAUUAUGAAGAAUAUGUGUUUAGUCAGAAGACAGCGUGGGACAAGGAAGCAAAGUCCAUGGACAAGUUUUUUGACUAUAAAAUGGAACCCAAAAGCGUGAAGAUCACUGAAGGAGUUCUGAGAGAACGCAAACAACUGGAGGCGUGUGUCAGCAACAUACACAAGCGGGUCCACCUGAUUAAUCUGAAGCAGGUUGAAGUCAAGCAGACUCAAGAAGCCCAGGAGAAACACAAGAAAGAGAGGUACACUAACUCUGUUUCUGAUAAUGUAAGGUCUUACAGAGAAAGGAUACCUACACCGAAAUUGUUCGCAACCACCUGUGAAGUGUGUGAGGAAAACUGUCACUAUCCAUGCACGCGUGAAAAAGAUGCCUCAGUGUGUAAAAUGAUGAAAAAGAACCAUUGCACUGUGUGUAAAAACAAAUGUCACAGCAGUAAACAUGUCAGUGAAGCCAAAAUGUAUUCAUAGUUAAAGUAGUGGUUAGAGACUGAUCAUCCUGAGGGGGGAGCCAAAAAACUGUUGGUAGAGUUGUAGUAGGUAAGAAACUGUUUUUCUUGUUAUUAAAUAUUGUGCUUCUCAUAAUAUUGUAAUAGACAAAAAAUAUUUUAUUGGCAUACCCCAAUAAGGUUUUAGUUAAGGGCGCUGAUGAGGUCUAUCAAUUUAAUUUACUGUUGAUGUUUGCCUAUCAUUGAUUGGUGAUAUUGAUUUGUGAUUGAUUAAUUGGUCUGGGAUUUUUUUUGUA